CGUCAUCAGCCCCCCUCUCGGCGUGUCCUUCAGCAGCUCCGGGUCUGGUUCUGCUGCUGGUUCUGCUGGUCCUGGUCCCGGAGAUCAUGGCUUUCUUCACUCAGCAAGUCAUCCGAGGUUUCUCGUCCUCGGCUGUCAGGAAUGUGGUCAUUAAGAAUGUCAUGAUCAUUGGAGGAGGACAGAUGGGAGCGGGGAUCGCACAAGUCGCCGCAGCAACUGGCCACUCAGUGACACUGGUGGACAUGUCUGAAGACAUACUGAAGAAGUCAGUCAAAGGGAUUGAAGGAAGUCUCAAAAGAGUGGUGAAGAAGAAGUUUGCCGAUAAGCCUGAGGCAGGUGAAGAAUUCGUCCAGAAAGUCCUACAGAAGGUGUCAAUCUCAACGGACGUUGAAGCUACAGCUCAGGGCUCGGAUCUCGUGUUGGAAGCCAUCAUAGAAAACCUUAAAAUCAAGCAAGAUCUUUUUGGCCGUCUUGACAAGCGCGCACCAGCGCACACCAUCUUCGCCAGCAACACGUCCUCCCUGCCCAUCACAGACAUCGCCAGCUCCACCAGCAGGCUGGACAGAUUUGGAGGCCUUCACUUCUUCAACCCCGUCCCGAUGAUGAAGCUUGUAGAGGUCAUUGGAACCUCAGCGACCAGCCAAGACACUUUUGACUCCCUCCUUAACUUCACUAAAGCACUUGGGAAAACACCAGUGUCCUGCAAGGAUACGCCUGGAUUCAUCGUAAACCGUCUUCUAGUUCCUUACAUGUUGGAGGCCCUCCGGUUGCACGAGAAAGGUGUUUUUCCAUCUUUCAUUUUAACAGCCGUCUUGCUGUGUUUCAUUAUAAUUUACAUGGGUUCCGGUCUGUCCUUGUGUUUUCUUCUCAAAGGCCACGGAUCCAAAGAAGACAUCGAUAUCGCCAUGAAACUCGGAGCCGGUUAUCCGAUGGGGCCCUUUGAGCUCUGCGACUACGUAGGACUGGACACAAUAAAGUUCAUUAUAGACGGCUGGUGUGCGUUGGACCCUGGAAACCCACUCUUUGCCCCAAGCGAGAUGCUAAACAAGCUGGUUGCGGAGGGUAAAUUUGGCAAAAAGAACGGAGAGGGCUUCUACAAGUACAAGUGAUUCAAUGAUUGCGUUUAGCCGUGACUGAGAAACUGAAGUGCAUCUCUCCAAGUCUCACUGUUUCAAAAAUCUGAAACAGAAAAGUGCCUCCGAUAACUCCUCGCGUUGUCUGAUUUUUAUGUACAUUUUGAAGUGAAAUCUGAUUAAACAGACUUUUCAAAAACUG